AUGGCUGACUCGGUGGAGACGUUCCAGACCCAUCUAACCUCUGUCAUGGACAGUUUGAUCCGCGCAUCGGUGUGCGAGAUCACCAAACUGUUCCAGGACACGGUGAAUGACUACCUGGUGGAAAUAUCGCUGAACAGGAAGGAAAUGGACGCUCUAAAACUCCGACUCCGAUUGACCGAGAACAAACUGAGAAAUGAACGCAAGUACGGGAUGGGGUGGGCAGAGAAUCGCCGCAAUGCUGGUUUGAUAGUGUCGGAGGACGGUGGGCGGAAAAAGCGGAAAAUUGAAGUGCCUCGUAAGUGUUCAUAUUUAGUAAGUACAGCCACAAAAGCAUCACAUACCAUAAAGUAGUUUGUUACACAUUUGUCUUUCCCUAUGUAUAAAACUGACAUCAUUCAUCAUAUUAUGAUAUGUGAUUGCAUUUCAAAUCAACACAAGUUGAUUUCUUGUGUACCAUUAAGUCGAAAGCCUGUAAUGCUUGUGUGAAGAGGUACUUGUUAUGUUGGAAGCCAUCUGGCAGAGGCUGAGCUGUCUCCUCUCUCCUUCCCUCUCUACUCCUCCGCUCUCCCUCCCCCACCUCCUCUUCAUGUUCUCUCUUUCACCUCCCCCACUCCUAUCUCCGCUCUCUUCUCUGCUUCCCUUCAUCACGACCUCUCUCCUUCUCCCUACCCCCACCUCCUCCCUCCGCUCUCUUCUCUCCCUCCCUCUCUGCUCUUCAUCACGCGCUCUCCUUCUCCAAUUCUCUAUUUGCUUUCCUCUCUCCUUUUCACUCCCACCCCCUCCGCUCUCCUUCACUCUCUCCCUCUGCUUCCUCUCCCGCUCUCUACUCCGCCUCCUCUCCUUCAUGCGCUCUCCCUUCCCCCAACUCCUCCACUGUCACUGCUCCCCUCUCACCCCCUCUCCUUCAUGCUCUCUCCCGCGCCAUACUGGCCCUCCUCCUCCCGCUCUCCUCCAACAUGCUUUCUCCCUUCCCCCAACUUCUCCACUUCUGUCACUGCUCCCCUCCCUCCCUCAUGCUCUCUCCCACGUUCCCCCUCUCCUCCGCCUCUCUCCCGCUCCCUGCCAUCUCUCCUCUUCUGUCUGCUUCCCUUCCUCUCCUUCAUAAUGCUCUCUCCCUUCCCCCUCUAUCACCGCUCCCCUCUGUCCCUCCCACUCUUCUCUCCCUCUUUCCUUCAUGUUCCCUUCUCCUCUCACCCCAUCCACUCCCUUCCCUCUCUCCCAUCCUCCGCAGGAGGAAAGCAGACGCUGGCCCCUGCCUUAGGAGUCGCGUGGGAGGAAGGAGGCGGAGGAGCAGCAGCAAGGGUAGUAACGGGGGGAGGGUGGAAGGAGGCACGCGAGCUCUACCUUAUCCAGUUCCCUGGGGAGGAGGAAGGAGAACUAGAGGAGGAGGGGGGCUGUGUUUCGGGAGAGGGGGAGGAGACUGACAACAUCAAAGAGGAGGUGAGGGAGACGAGGAGUCUGAAUGUGGCACACACAACGUCACUGCAUCAGAGACGACUACACUGAACAAAAAUAUAAACGCAGCAUGCAACAAUUUCAAAAUGUUACUGACUUGCAGUUCAUAUAAGGAAAACAGUCAAUUUAAAUAAAUUAAUUAGGCCCUAAUCUAUGGAUUUCACAUGACUGUAAAUACACAUGUGCAUCUGUUGGGCACAGAUACAGCACCUUAAAAAAAGGUUGGGGCGUGGAUCAGAAAAUCAGUCAUUAUCUGAUGUGACAACAAUUUGCCUCAUGCAGCGCGACACAUCUCCUUCUCAUACAGUUGAUCAGGCUGUUGAUUGUGACCUGUGGAAUGUUGUCCCACUCCUCUCCAAUGGCUGUGCGAUAUUGGCAGGAACUGGAACACGCUGUCAUACAAGUCGAUCCAGAGCAUCCCAAACAUGCUCAAUGGGUGACAUGUCUGGUGAGUAUGCAGGCCAUGGAAGAACUGGGAAAUGUACAGAUCCUUGUGACAUAGGGCAGUGCAUUAUCAUGCUGAAACAUGAGUUGAUGGCGGCGGAUGAAUGGCACAACCGUGGGCCUCUGGAUCUAGUCACGGUAUCUCUGUGCAAUCCAAAUUGCCAUCAAUAAAAUGCAGUUGUGUUCGUUGUCUGUAGCUUAUGCCUGCCCAUACCCCACCACCACCAUGGGGCACUGUUCACAACGUUGACAUCAGCAAACCGCUCUCCCACACAACGCCAUACACGUGGUCUGUGGGUGUGAGGUCGGUUGGACAUACUGCGAAAUUCUCUAAAACAACGUGGGAGGCAGCUUAUGGUAGAUAAAUAAACAUUCAAUUAUAUGGCAACAGCUCUGGUAGACAUUCCUGCAGUCAGCAUGCCAAUUGCACGCUCCCUCAACUUGAGACAUCUGUAGCAUUGUGUUGUGAAAAAAAACUGCACGUUUUAGUGACCUUUUUUGUCCCCAGCACAAGGUACACCUGUGUAAUGAACAUGCUGUUUAAUCAGCUUCUUGAUAUGCAACACCUGUCAGGUGGAUGGAUUAUCUUGGCAAAGGAUAAAUGCUCACUAACAAGGACGUAAACAAAUUUGUGCACAACAUUUGAGAUGUUUUUCUGUGCAUAUGGAACAUUUCUGGGAUCUUUAUUUCAGCUCAUGAAACAUGGGACCAACACUUUACAUGUUGCGUUUAUAUUUUUGUUUAGUGUAGUUUAUCAAAAUAACAAUGUGUAUCUGCAUGUGGUGAGACAGAACAAUGUUCUUAAACUGCUGUGUUUGAGUGACUGAGACACUGCAGCAGUGGUCUGGUAGAUGGUGUGGAUGUUGGAAACACAAUUUGAUAUUCAGGUGCAGAAGUGCUUGUUCAGUAGGGCACUCAAGUGUGGAACAUUGUAGUCACUAAACAUGAACAUAAUUUUAGGAGGGAACAGUUUUGUAUUCUACCAAGUGAUUGAAAGAAUACAAUUACAUUUCUUCAUGUCAUCUUAAACUGUCUAAACGUAUGUUUACAGAAAAUGCCCAGUGUAAAACUUGACCAGUGUUCUUUGUGGCACUUGUGACUUGGGGAUACUUGUGACUUGUAAAUACUUAUGAAAGUGCACUUUGCAUGAAAUGCUGGGUGUGGUACUGCACUCUGCAUUGCAAUCAUGUGUACUGUAUUGUAAUCUAUAGGGCUGUAGUGGUGUGUAAUGUAGUUAUUUUUGCUCUGUCUGUAGUCCGGUGACGUGGUGGAGGGGGGCUACCAGCCUGCGUCUCUGCGGCUGAUCAAGGAAGCCCUGAAGAUGGACCCGCCCAACCAGAACCGCCAUGCUGGAUCCAGAACCCACAGCGAAGGUACUGACACCAGCUCAAAGCUCGGAACCAAAAACAUUAUUACAACUUUUGGAUAGACCAAUAAAUUCAGUGUUCCCAUUGGGGUUUUCUUGUAGGUUUCACAGGACACUUGUUAAGGCCUUUGGCUCUGUACAGUGUUGUGUCUGCAGUACAUUGUUUGCAUAUGCCCUCAUAGUACUGCUCCUCUAAAAGACCCUCUCUCUCUCCAUCUCUCUGCCCAGUAGGAGACAUGGAGUUCAGCCCUAUGGCCCAGGAGGCCCCGAAGCGUCCCCCAGCCGGGAGGCCUGAAGAGGAGGAUGAGGAGUGGGACGUGGGGUCCCCUCCAACAGAGGUGUCGGAGGGGGGGCUGAGCGUGGAGGACCUGAGUGGGCUGGAGACGGCCCUGAGGGCAGAGAGGGGGCGCGAGCAGGCAGCCCUGAGGAUCCCCCCCACAGCAGGCUCCAUGACCCCUGACCCGGAAGUAAUGGCAGGCAGCGAGUUCAGCCUGGGCCAGAAGUACAUUGGUCUGGAUGGUUUGGAACAGGAGGGGCAGCUGGGGAGUCCCACACCCUCAGAGAGGGACUCUAGUGAUGCCCUGCAGGGUCCUGGUGCCCUUCUGAAGGAAGGUCAGAGGGCACUGCCAGGGGGGGCUGGAGGAGAGCUGCAGCCACGCUGGCCCAAGAGGCUGAGGGACGGUGAGGGGAUGGGGGAGCAGGGAGGCUCAGACGAGGGCCUACAUCACCCGUCUGCUCCGGGUAGCGUGGAUGACAGUGGUGAGGAGGAGACAGGGGACCUGAUGCAUUUCUGCAUGCAGUGCGGGGGGGGCUUUGCCAACGAGGCUGCGCUGGAGGAGCACCCCUGCCCCCUGGGGGACGCCCACCUACAGGGAGGAGGGACGGAGGACACCCUGUUCCCCUGCGCCUCGUGCGGCCACGCCUUCAGCCAUGACUGGGCCCUGAAGAACCAUGAGUGUGUGUGCGCAGCCGAGCGGCCCCACCGCUGCGAGCUCUGUGGGAAGGGCUUCACACACUCACGCUCGCUCGAGAGGCACCAGGUGGUUCACACUGGAGAGAGGCCACACCGCUGCCAGCAGUGUGGGCGGAGCUUCAGUCGCCUAAGCAACCUGGAGAGGCACCAGCGGAUCCACACAGGCGAGCGUCCGUACGGGUGCGAGGUGUGCGGCAGGCGCUUCAGCAGGGUAGAGUACCUGAAAAGACACCAGCUGAUCCACAGUGGAGACAGAGACAAGGCCGGCAGCGCUCACCAGUGCUCCCAGUGUGGAAAGAGCUUCAGCGAACCCGAGCAGCUCAAAAACCAUGAGUGCUUUUUAUAAUUUUAUGCGUUUGAUAAUUGAGAUUUACCAUGAUUUCUUUGGGGGGGGAAAGUUGGAAGAAAUUCCUGCUCAAGGUAGAAGUUGCUCCCUAACAGAUCUAAGAUCAUUUUACCCUAGCCUCAAUCCUAAAGUCUAAAGCUCUGACCUUGGGUCAGUGGUUAGGGACAACUUCUACCUCCUCUCAAAAAGAGGGGGAAAAGACUAUGGUGAUCAUCCAGGUUGAGAUGAGAUGUCGAAUUGUACAUGGAGAAACUUGUUGUGCGUUUUGUAUGUUUCUCAAAUGUACAUUGUCUUUA